AUGUCUAAAACUCUUGUUAUAAAACAUCUUCCAACAAAUUUAUCUUUUCAAGAAAAAGAACGACUUUUAAAGCAUUUUGGAGCUGAAAAUGUUUGGGAAACUCUAAAGAAACCUUUAGUGGUAUUUGCGUCGUUUUCUACGAAAGAAGAAGCCGAAUCAGUAUUACGUAGAUUGCAUCAAUUGGAAAUAGCAAAAAGACGCCUUAUUGUAGAGUAUUCAUACGAAAAAGAAUCUUAUUUAUAUCAUAGAAAAUCAGUAGGAGAAUCAUCUAUAACAUCACACAAAAUUAGAGAUUUUUUACGAGAAUUAAAUGCAUGGAAUCCAUCUGUUGACUUUUAUCAGCCUCCACCUGCCCAUCUUAGUUACAAAUAUUCUUGUUUGGACCCAAAAAUAGCUGUGAAUAUUAUAUUUUCAAUGUUCAAUCAUAAACCAUUCUACAUUCAAGCUAUUCAUCUAAUGAAUAAAAUGUGCAUCAAUACCCCUUUCAGUGAUAAUCCAGAAGCUAUUACUUUUUUUAGAGAAACAUUUCAUGAACUUUUUUUUAAGGACAUUAUAUUUCCCCCACAUGAAAAACUAAGUGAAUCAGAAUCAGAAAUUGACUCAGGUGAGGAAAGUGACAGAACUUAUCAAUCCACACCUACCUUCGUAAAGCGCCUCCACACAUUGAAAAAGCCUUUAAAGAGAAAGCACUCUACAUCUGUGUUAUUUGCUCCUUAUAAACCAAAUGUUAAAAAAAAACACAUCAACCAGGCAGAGGUAUUUGAUGUUGUGACACCUGUUACUGAAGGUAAAAAAAUAUCAGUAGUUAUUCAUAAAGAUACUCCACAGAAAUCACUGGAAAAGCCUGAGGUAGUGGGUAAACUAGGAUUAUUUGAAAAAAAAAUUAUACCUUCAGAGCAACCUUCAGAAGCUAUUGAAGAAGAGCAACCUACAAUUACACGAAAAGAGCUUUUAAAGAAUAGAAUCUCUUAUAAUGAUAUGAAAUUACUUCCAGUAUAUAAAAAUUAUACUCCUGGACAACCAUCAAUGAGGCUCUACAUAAAAAAUUUAGCUAAGACAGUAAAAGAACAAGAUGUUAUAAGGAUAUAUAGGCAAUACAUUGAGAAUUUAUCAGAGGAGAACCAAAAUGGCUUUGAUGUUAGAGUGAUGCAAGAAGGAAGAAUGAAAGGACAAGGUUUUGUUACAUUUCCAUGUAUUAAGAUAGCAGAAACUGCACUAAAUGAAACAAAUGGUUUUAUUCUACAAGAUAAGCCUAUGGUGGUCCAAUUUGCACGAGUAGCUAAUAAGAAAACCAUAGACUAA